AUGCAUCCCACGAGCCAGUUCCUUGGCACCACAGAGUAUGACUACGGCUACGAUGCAAACACUGCUCCGUGCCACGAAGGGAACAGCUUUCACAAGUUCAGAUCCUUCUUCCUGCCCAUCCUUUACUGCCUUCUGUUUGUCUUCUGUCUUCUGGGGAACUCCUUGGUCCUCUGGGUUCUCCUGACCAGGAAGAGGUUGAUGACAAUGACCGACAUCUGCCUGCUGAACCUCGCAGCCUCCGACCUUCUCUUCGUGGUGCCUCUGCCCUUCCAAGCACACUACGCCUCGGAGCAGUGGGUUUUUGGCAACGCGAUGUGCAAGGCCAUGGCUGGCAUCUACUACACAGGCUUCUACAGUGGCAUUUUCUUCAUCACCCUCAUGAGCAUAGACAGGUACAUAGCAAUUGUCCACGCGGUCUACGCCAUGCGGGUCCGCACUGCCUCCUGCGGUGCCGUGAUCAGUUUAAUCCUGUGGCUGGUGGCUGCCUUGGCUUCUGUGCCCAACGUCCUGUUCAACCAGCAGCUUGAGAUCGAGCAGUCUCUGCAGUGUGUCCCCACCUAUCCCCCGGGUGACAACACCUGGAAGGUUGCUUCUCAGUUUGCAGUCAAUGUCCUAGGCCUCUUGCUUCCCCUUAGCAUCCUCAUUUACUGCUACGCCCAGAUACUGAAAAACCUCCAAAAAUGCAAGAACCGGAGCAAGGUCAAGGCCAUCAAGAUGAUUUUCAUCAUUGUCAUCGUCUUCUUCCUCUUCUGGACACCCUUCAACAUCGUGCUGUUCCUGGACUCCCUGCAGAGCCUGCACAUCAUCGACGACUGCAAGGCCAGCUCCCGCAUAGCGCUGGCGCUGCAGCUGACGGAAACCGUCUCCUUCGUGCACAGCUGCCUCAACCCGCUCAUCUACGCCUUCGCCGGAGUCACCUUCAAGGCCCACCUUAAGGAGCUGCUUCGGUCCUGUGCCCGUGCCCUGCCCAGCUCGCUCAGAGGGGUGGGGGCUGCCCAGUCCUUUUCCCCACCCACCCAGCUCUCGGGCUGCUCCGACAGCGAGUUCCUGUGAGCCCACCCCAGCUGCCCUCUUCGGGUGUGAGCGGCUGGCCUGAGCUCCAACACGGCCCCGGGGGUGUGCGUCGUCCUCCCGAGGGGAGCAGCAAAGCUGUGCCUGCUUCUGGCACCCCCUGCAGCCUGGCACAGUAAGUGCCACUGCCGGUGCCCCAGAGCACCGGUGCCUUCCUAAGAUGG